AUGGAAACAUUUAUCAAAACGGCCGAUCCAAUCUUUAAGGCUGACUUUCAUUUGGAAGAUCAAAUAGAAGCUAUGAACAAUCAGGAAAUGAAUGAUGCGUCUGUGAAAGAUAACCUGACAAUUAUCCCAAGUUGUAAUACCAUUGAAAAAACGGUUUCUUCUACAGAAUCUGAUAUUAAAACGCACGAAGCAGCAGUGAGUGAAUCAAGUUAUCAGGAAGAAUCCGACGACUCGGUUAAAGACAAAACCUAUGCUAAAAGUUCACCAUCCUCCUGCAGCUCUUCAUCCAGUUCAAAAUCAGACUCUAGUGAUAAUGAAGCAGAAAAUAAUGAAAAUAAGGAUCCUGAAAACCACGAAACUAAAAAAAUAACUAGGAAAAGAACGCGUGGACCGGAAAACUGGAAGAAAAAUUUAGCCAAACGCCUCAGGAAUUCUGGAAAGGAGUACGUUAAUGUAAAAACCAAGAAAAGUUAUGCAGAAAGGCAAUUAAAACCACCGUGCGGCGAAAAAUGCAAAAUUAAAUGCUACACAAAAUUCUCUGAAGAACAGCAUAGAGAAAUAUUUAGAAAAUAUUGGGAAAUUGGAUGCGUCCAAAGGCAACGUGACUUUAUUAGCUCGAGUAUGAUAACCAUAAAACCCAGGUACAGGAAACAUUUGUUCAACAAAAAACCUCAGGAAACUCAAGAUGACGACUUAAGCGACACAUCCUUUGAAAUAGAGUUAAUCAUGGCCAACGACGAUUACAUAAAUAAAUCUUACGAUCUGGAACACGAAGCCACCCUGGACCAGGAAAAACCGUGCAAGCGAUGCUUGAAGGAAAAAGAGAGGCAGAAAAUAGAACAGGAAAGUACCAAAGACGUCAACGAAUACAUCAGAAAGAAGUAUGGCAUCCAACCUCAAAAAACGUUACAGGAGCUCAUGGAAGGGAAGAAAAAGGAGGGUAAUGAGGAAUUUUGCGCCAUACCCAAUCAGUAUAAGCCGAGGUGGUCGAUAAAUUGUUAG